AUGUCAACUGCUUCUCAGCAUCUUUCUGAUAACUGUAUUUUUUGCAAGAUAAUAAGACAUGAGAUUCCCUCAUUUAAACUGGUCGAAACCGACAAGAGUUUCGCAUUUAUGGAUAUUGAACCUCUAAGUGAAGGUCAUGCUCUUAUUAUUCCUAAAUAUCACGCAGAAUUUAUGCAUCAAGUGCCUGACGAGUACUUGUCUGAGACGAUGCCUAUUGCCAAAAAGAUUGCUGCAGCUGGAGGUUAUUCUCAGUAUAAUGUGUUACAAAAUAACGGUAGAUUGGCUAAUCAAGCAGUCCCUCACGUUCACUUUCAUGUUAUUCCUAAGCCAGAUACAGAAACGGGUCUAGGCAUUCGAUGGAGACCUCUUGAGAAGAGCAAGGACGAGAUCAAGGCGAAAUAUGAGAGCAUUAUGCAACAUAUGUAA